CGAUUAUUCCCUGUCGGUGAUCAUACACUGCUUGGGCGGUUUCAAGCGCACGGGAUUUCGCGGCUCCUUCUGGCCACCUUGCCAUGAUAUGUCGUCUGCCUGUGGCGACCGAUCGACUCGUUUCCUUCUUUCUUUCUCUCGGCUGUGCCAUCUCCAUUCCCAACGGAUUCGGCAUCAAUUUCGCAGCAGUUCUCCUUCUCCCUCCUAGGCCAGUGGCUACCCACUUAGACGCGGGACUAUGAUCGGACGGUGUCCCUGAAGAACGGAAAACGUCCCACAACGCGCGCUUGGCAGGGGAGGAGAUGAGGAAUUAAUUUGUCGGCCUUGGUCGACGAGUCUUAAUUGCCCACUACUGUACGAGGGAAAACCCAGCGGGAACCUCCACCGCGCCGGCGAAAUUUCUAGACGCGGCGCUAGCGGAGUUCGUUCGGGAUGCGGUUGGCGAGAGUUGAGCGUCAUCCGCGGCAAGCGUGACAAACUCCGGGACGCCAGGAGAGGAGGAUCAUUAAAAAGUAUGGAAUGGACGGGGG